GCCGCAGUUUGAGUUUGUGCUAACAGCCCGACCACGGCCCCUCCCUGCACAGGCCUCUGCUGCCACCCCGGGCCUGGCGCUGGAACCCGGGCCUGGCUCUUUCUGCUCAAGACGAGUGCUCGACCACCGGAGCCACAGCUCCACGUCCCUGGCUUUUGAAAGUAGUUGGUUGGGUCCUCAACUCCCAGCCUCCCGAGCAGCCCGGCGCACAGCACCGGCUUCUGCCUAACGGAAGCGGGCAGCGCCGCGAGGCCCAGCCGCGCAUGAUCUGUUACUAGCUGUGACUACAGACGUGUGCCAUGGUGUGAGACUCAGUGUGGUCGUACCGCUAGCACCUACUUGGGCAGCUGACAACCAUGAAUGAAUGGAUGAAGAAAAGCCCCUUAGAGUGGGAAGAUUAUGUUUAUAAAGAAGUCACAGUGGUAGCCAGUGAGAAUAAGGAGUAUAAAGGAUGGUUUUUAACUGCAGAUCCAGUCUCUGCCAAUAUUGUCCUUGUGAACUUCCUUGAAGAUGGCAGUUUGUCUGUGACUGGAAUUAUGGGACAUUCUGUGCAGACUAUUGACGUUGUGAAUGAAGGUGACCACAGAAUGAGAGAGAAGCUGACACAUCUGUUCAUGUCUGGAGAUUACAAGGGACAUAGCCCUGAGGAUCUGGAAAAGAAGAAGGACAGCCUAAGGAAAUGGCUUGAGAAGAGCCACAUUCCCGUCACUGAACAGGGAGAUUCACCGAGGACUCUCUGUGUGGCUGGGGUUCUGACUAUAGACCCACCGUAUGGGCCAGAAAAUUGCAGCAGCGCUAAUGAAAUUAUUUUGUCCCGGGUUCAGGAUCUCAUUCAAGGACAUCUUGAAGCUUACCCCCCAGGAGGUCAAGAACUUUGAAUACAGAGAUUGAAAUUGAUUUCAUUAUUUUGUUCUUUGAAAAAUGUGUUCCUUAUAAUACAGUAUUUCAGAGGCA